UGUGUGUGUCUGCUAUUCAAUAUGGCGGUCAUUACGAGAGGAGGGGGACAACUUGCGUGGAUUUGCCUUCAGCCCUGCGAGAGGAGACGUUAAUUUUCUGUGCGGUAGUCAACACUCAGUUAUUAAAGACAAGCAGGGGAAACAAAUGGCUUAGCGGCUACCCCUCUAGAAAUAUUUUAUCUAUAUAUGGAACACGCGAAGCUGCGUGGAGGGUCCGGCAUGAAAUUUCCGUGUCUGCUUCUUAAAGGAGGGGCGCUGUUUUGAUUUUCGCGUUGGAAAGUUAACACCGUUGCCUGUACCUUUCCUUUCCUCGUGUCCCGUGAGAAGUGGGUUUCAGACGCCGCCUUGUUCUGAGGCCUGGAUUGGGACAUUUUCUUGGGGAUAUUUAAAGUUUGGCAUCGCACGCCAGGUGAACGUGUUUCUAAGUGAAAACGGAAUGCUGCGCUCUUCUUGAUUGUAGGUGCAGCCUGUGGGGUGCUCGCUGUUGGGACUGGUGUUCUGAUAACUGAAGGCGGAUUCACCACAGCAAGAUCAAACGAGACCAGCAUUUUGGAUUAUUAACCUCUUCGAGUUGGCCUUGUAGGUGCUCCGGAAAAUGAACGGGUAAAAGUGGCUCUCCGUGUUACACUCGCUAGGCCGGCCGAGGGGGCUGGUCCGGGUGGAUUGUUAUUCUCACCUGAUUCGCAGGUGAAGCCGCAAUGACAUAUCUGUAAGGUGUGUUAAAACCGGUGCUUAUUCUUUCGCCAGGACCUUUAAAUGAUCGGCUACUUGCCUUCACACUUUAUGUGCUUCAGAGGAAAUCUGAAAGAGAGGUUGCUGCUCCCGCCGAAGGUUGCCGCUUGUGCUGCUGCUUCGAUCCGGCGUGAUCAAUAAUGGGCCUUUUGGCGGACGGACGGGAAGGUGGAACAGAUAUCCAACAAGCUGUCCGCUCCUAGUGCAACCCUUCUAUGUGGCUUACAGCUAAAUAUACUGUCGUCAUUCCGCAUUUAGCAAGAAAUCUGCAAGUCAGCCGGCCGCAGUGCCUCCUGAAACCUGUUCUUUCCCCUGUGCUGCUAGUGACGUGCCCCGGCUGUCAUCAAUGCCUUCCGCUUUGGCGGUCUUCACCUGCCGGCCCAACUCGCAUCCCUUCCAGGAGCGCCAUGUGUACCUGGACGAGCCUGUCAAGAUCGGGCGAUCGGUGGCCCGCUGUCGCCCGGCGCAGAACAACGCCACGUUUGACUGUAAAGUGCUGUCCCGGAACCAUGCCCUUGUUUGGUUCGACCACAAGACUGGAAAGUUCUAUUUACAGGAUACAAAGAGCAGUAAUGGAACUUUCAUUAAUAGCCAGCGCUUAAGUAGAGGAUCUGAAGAAAGUCCACCAUGCGAGGUUCUUUCUGGCGACAUUAUCCAGUUUGGGGUGGAUGUCACGGAAAACACUCGCAAAGUUACACAUGGCUGUAUAGUUUCUACAAUUAAACUGUUUUUACCUGAUGGCUUAGAAGCACGACGACGAACAGAUGUUAUUCCAGCUCCCUUGCCGCUUCCUGUUGAUAAGGCAGCUGCUAAUGCUCCCAGUAUGUAUUCUCAGGAACUCUUUCAGCUGUCACAGUAUUUACAGGAGGCCCUACAUCGGGAACAAAUGCUUGAGCAAAAAUUGGCCACCUUGCAGCGAUUGCUGGCUAGUACACAGGAAGCAUCGGAGAGUAGCUGGCAGGCCUUAAUAGAUGAAGACAGGCUGCUUUCAAGAUUAGAGGUGAUGGGAAACCAGUUGCAGGCCUAUUCAAAAAACCAAACUGAAGAUGGUAUUAGGAAAGAGCUGGUAGCCUUACAAGAAGACAAACACAACUAUGAGACAACAGCCAAAGAGUCCCUGAGGCGGGUUCUUCAGGAAAAAAUUGAGGUUGUCCGAAAACUGUCCGAGGUGGAGAGAAGCUUGAGCAACACUGAGGAUGAAUGUACGCAUCUGAAAGAAAUGAACGAGCGAACACAAGAAGAGCUCAAAGAGCUGGCUAACAAAUAUAAUGGAGCUGUAAAUGAAAUCAAAGAUCUUACAGAUAAGUUAAAACAAGCAGAGGGCAGGCAAGAGGAGAUCCAACAGAAAGGACUGUCAGAAAAGAAAGAGCUACAGCACAAAAUUGAGGAAAUGGAGGAAAAAGAGCAAGCACUACAGGCCCGUAUUGAAGCCUUACAAGCAGAUAAUGACUUCACCAAUGAAAGGUUGACUGCAUUACAAGUACGUUUAGAGCAACUUCAAGAGAAAAAUAUAAAGGAGCACAACAGUUUAGACCACUUUCUUUUAAAGAGUGGAGGGGACAGCACAUUUAUCCAACAAUUCAUUCAGUGCCAGACUGUAAGGCAAAUAAAAGAGCAAGUAGACUCCACUCAUAACAAUAAGAAUGCUGGUUUCGAAGGUGUUAUUGAUGCUCGGCUAGACAGCAAUCAAAAUACAGAUGAAAAUUUUCUACGGACCCCUGAUAAGUUAAAAGCAAAGCUUAUAGAUGAUGAGCAUCUGCUAAGAGUAAUGGAAGAAACCAAGCUCUUAAAAGAAAAUCAAGUUGAAGCAAAGGAAUCAGAUAUGUCUGAUACACUUAGCCCCAGCAAGGAGAAAAGCAGUGAUGACACUACAGAUGGUCAAAUGGAUGAACAUGAGCUGACCGAGCCACCAAUUAAAGUUUCUCUGUUAAAAGAUGAAGUGCAACGUUUAAAUUUUGACAGUGGGGACACUGAGAAGGUGAUACAGCAUUUACACAAAGAACUUGUAGAAGCGCAAGAAUUGGCUAAAGUUGGCAAACAGAAAUGUGUGGAACUGCAAGCCUUACUUGAAGAAGAACGAAGAUCUAGCCAGCAACAGACCGAGGAAUCGAAAAAACAGAUCCAGUUUCUUCAAGCCCAUUUGCACAAGCUGCAGAAGGAUAUUGAAAUUCUUAAGGAGGAAAAGGAAAGCGAGAUCUCAAACACAAGAGAUGAACUCGCUAAUGCUCAAGAGGAGAUUUCAGUGAUGCGACAUGCUAUGGAGGUGGCAACAUCAGAACGGGAGAAAGAAAUAGUCUUUCUGCAGGAGGAUCUCAGCACAGUGCAACGUGAGCUGGAGAAAUGGCGUAAAGCUGCCUCCCAGUAUGAAGAAGAAAUCACUGGAUUGCAGGCCAACUUCCAGUUUCAAAGUCAGCAGAAGGAGAGGACUGAGGAACUUCAAGAAGAAAUCGAGAAGCUUCAGAAGGAGUGUUUGAGACUACAGAGGGAAUGUGCUGCUUUGCACAAAGAGCGAGAGGGCCUUCUUGAAAAGUUGCAACAGCUUGAGAAGGAGCUGGACAGCUCUCACAAACACAGUGUGGAGUUGACCAGUAACCUUGGAGUAUUGCAAAAGACUCACAAAGAUCUGGAGAAUAAGAUUGGUGCUAUGGAAGAGCAACACCAGCAGGAUGCCAGUGGUCUCAGAAACCUUCUUGCAGAAGCAGAUAGUCGGGCAGAGACAUUACAAAAAGAGUAUGAGGAAACUCAAACCCGUAUCUUGGAGUUGAAAGGCAUGUUUGAUAAAACAGAACAAGAAAAGCAGUCACUCGCUGAAGAGCUCCAAAUGUGCAAAGCCAACCUGAAAAUGCUGCAGGAGAAAGGCAACAAUCCAUCCAUAUCGCAGCCUGUCCAAGCCAUUUUCAUCGGCCUUAUCCUGGUUUUCCUGUAUUGGUGUUUCGGCCCAUUGUGGUAGAAAGGGGCAGUGGCUGCCAUGGAUGCCAGUGGUGGCAGUGCUGGUGGCAGUGACAGUGGUCGUGCUAUACCCAUGUUUCUCCAGGGCCUCUAACUAAAAGCUUCUUCGGUCCAACUCACAUUACACAUCUUUCCACAAACUGCUGCUUCCAUCACGGCUGGGACAACUUGACCUGAUUUAGUUACUUUUAUCUCCAAAAAAAAAAAAAUCACACCCUAUUCUGGGAGUACAACAAUAGGAUUCUUGCUUUAAUUGUAUAAAGAAACAUGUAACUGUAUAUAUAUAUAUGUAGAGGGAAUAAAAAUGUGGCUUCUAAUCUAGAUAAAACCUUAUUUGCAGUUUUCCUUGUUAAUUUUUUAAGCAGCACCAUGGGAUUUUGAACUAUUACAGUGGCCUAAACUAGGCCUUUUGGUACCACACUAUUUUUUUGUGAAAUUUGGUGUGUUUUUACAAUAAAAUGCAGUGGCCACAUUAGUGGGUAAAUGUGGUUUUCUGAUUUGGUAUGCAAGCCAAAUAUGUAGUACGUACAUGGGGCACAAAGAAUCAAGUGCCUGGCUUUAGUUGUUCCACUUGUUUUUCACAAAAGUCAUCCUCUAGCAUGUCACAAAGUAUUCUGCGAUACUGCAGGGAGCCCCUUAAUCUGUUACUUCAUUCGACAAACUUCACCAAAUCUUUUUUUUAUUUUCAUUUUUUUUUUUUUUUGCCUGUCAUGUUCAUUUGUGAAUGAAUGAAAAGCUCCACAUACUUCAGCUUGGGUACUUUGUACGAGUCUUCAGUGCAUUUUUAUGUCGUAAAGUCCAAAUUAACAGUUGUCGAACAUGCUAAUGAACACUACAGAUUUUGUUUUAAAAUGAUGUAAUUCUUAGUUUCCAUUUUAUAUAUGGUAAAUAUUUAUAUGUAUGCUCGGGGGUUCCAUGUUACUAGGAAACACUGAAAUAAGCUGAUGCAAGAACAGGUCACUGGACACCCAUUUUGUUCAUAUGUUACGUCCACAUCCCUUAAUAUCAAGUGCUGCAUGCAGCAAUGUAAUCUGUGAAAGAACCAGAAUGAAAAACAUGCAGAAAAACACAAAAAUCUACAUCACUUGAGCCUUAGAAAUAUCAUGAACAUGCAUGAAACGAAAGGCACACAUAAUAAGGUCAAGACUCCAACAUGUGGCACAUGUUCUACUACAGUAAUGUCUGCUUUGGUUAAGACUCCGAUAUAAUAACACAUGCGCUAAAACAGUAACAUCCACUUUGGCAAAGACUCCAAAAUAUGGCGCACACACUUAAAACAGACAUGUCUGUCUUCAGUUAAGAGUCCAAAAUAUGGCACACGUGCUAAAAGAACGAUGUCUACUUUGGUUAACACUUGGAUAUAACACACAUGC